GAACUGCGCCUUCAAUUGACAAACACUGAGUACACAAAUAUUUUUCAAAAUUAUCAUCUUCGCUGUUGUGCUUAUCUUUCUUCACUUUUUAUUUACAAUAAAGUGAAAAGAAAUCGAGAUAAGGUUUAUCUUCUUCCAAGCACUUCAGUUCAUUACUGGCCUCAAUCGUGUGUAGUUUUCAAUUUGUUGAUCGUUUCGAACGAAUAAAGAUGACUACAGAAAGUGAUCCCUAUGUGAUCUACGGCGGUGAUCCGACCGAAACGGACAAAGUGGACGCUGAUUGUCCCUCACUUGGUGCGAUGGUUAUGUCUGACUUUCAACUUGGAGAGGAUAAAACGUGUUUUAUAAAUGGGGCAACCAACGAAAAGUGGACCUAUAAAGACAUGCUCGAGCAGACGAGUCUAUUGGCGAGAGUACUGUAUGGAGCCGGAAUCCGACAGAACGAUGUUGUUUCUAUAGUGUCGGAAAAUCGAUUCGAAUUCCCUGCCAUCGUUUUUGGAGCAUUUUAUUUGAGCGCGAUUGUAGCUCCAAUCAAUACCACGUACACCGAACGUGAGCUGAAACAUUCACUCCAACUUUCCAAGCCCAGAUUUGUGUUCACAGCUCCAUCCACAGCUGAUCAAACACUAAAAGUGUGCAAAAAACUAAAGUUUGUGGAACGAGUGAUAGUGUUCGGUAGAGACAAGCUCCAGAGUAAUGCCAUUUCUCUACAUGACUUCAUCCAGAAGUACGAGAAGAAAGAUUUCAAUGUCGAAAAGUAUGUAGCACAAAGGGUUAGUCGGGAUCAAGUGGCUUACAUAGCAAACAGUUCCGGCACAACGGGCAUGCCGAAAGCGGUUCUAAUUACACAAAUGAAUAUAAUGAGCAUCGUUCAGGGCAUGCGUGAUACAAUCAAUUUAGCAAAACAAUUUCUCGGCGAUAAUAUUGUUGGUUCUUCCGUCGCACCGUGGUUCCAUUCGAUGGGCUUUUUUGCAAUGAUCAUAAAUGCUUGUUCACGUGAUGCCACCUUUGUGUUUCUACCGAAAUUCGAUAACGAAUCCUUUCUACGAUGCAUUCAGGAGUACAAAAUUUCCACCGUUUCUGUCGUACCACCGAUUAUGGUUUUUCUAGCUAAAAGUCCUCUGGUCGACAAGUACGAUCUGUCGUCUCUAAUAAGCAUAGCUUGCGGAGCAGCUGCAUUAAGUAAAGAAGUGGAAGAUCAGGUGCGUGAAAGAUUUUUGAAAAACUACAAUACGGAGGUAAUGAUUCGGCAAGCUUACGGUAUGUCGGAAUCAACACUUAGAACGAUAGCUUCGACUUUGGUAGUAAAACCGGGAUCAGUUGGUCAAGUCCUUCCGGGAAUUUACUGUAAGGUCGUAGAUGAAAAUGGAAAGUCAUUGGGACCGCAUCAACAAGGAGAACUGUGCUUCAAAGGUCCCGUGAUCAUGAAAGGUUAUCUAAAUGAUACUGAUGCCACCAACAAUGCCAUCGACAAGAAUGGAUGGCUUCAUACUGGCGACAUUGGGUACUAUGACGAAGACGAACAUUUCUUCAUCGUCGAUCGAUUGAAGGAGCUGAUCAAAUACAACGCAAACCAGGUAGCUCCAGCAGAACUCGAAGCAUUACUGCUAUCCAAUUCGAAGGUUAAAGAUUGUUGCGUGAUCGGUAUCCCAGAUGAAAAGGCCGGAGAACUUCCAUUCGCUUACGUUGUCAAGCAACCGGGCGUACAGCUUACAGAAAAAGAGAUCGUCCAAUUCGUAGCGGACAAUACGAGUAAAGUGAAGCGAUUGAGAGGAGGUGCGAAAUUUGUCGAUGAAAUACCGCGAAAUGCGAGUGGUAAAAUACUGAGACGGCAAAUGCGAGAUAUGUACAAGGCCUCGAAAUCAAAAUUGUGAAAAUUUAGAACGGAUAGUGACUGCUGGUCUCGUUAUGCUUGUACAUAUUUACCGAGAUUGAUUAAAUUUUGGUGCAUCUUUA